AUGAGCGUUGCAUUCACAAGACCGCUGUCGUCGUCGAUGUCCGCUCAAUUCCCGAAGCAAAAGCCAGCCGAAUGGAUAUCCUCGCUAAUACAACGAUAUCAAGAUCAGUUGCCAACCCGAACGGGUCGGCAGAUGGAUAGUGAAGGAAGACAAUUGUUGAAUACGUCGCACAGUUGCAUCAUAAACGUCUCGAAGCAUCAUUUACAUCUUGUUCUACAAGCACUCGUUCGAGUACUCAAAGCCGUCAAUGCCAGUCGUUGGACAUCAGAAGCAGCGCUUGUGCAGUCACGUCUUGUCGUUCUCGAAACGCUUUUUGAAUGCCUUUCUGAAGCUGAGAGUCCAUCAGGUCGAAGCGUUGAACGAGAAUGUUGCAUGAAGAACGUUUUGGAGGAGAUGAGUGGAUUGAUUGGAAAUCGUGGAAGUGUUGCUGAUAAGGCUGCACUGGUGGUGGGACGAGUGGGUGCGUUACAUCCAUCGCUGAUGUUGAGCAGAUUGGAGAGAGCGUUGGAUGCACUGCACACUGAAGACACCACUUCCGAGGAGCAGUCUGAUCUAGCGUUAUCGCAACUUGCACUGAUCGGUUUUGUUCCCUUUGAACUCGAUUGUAUCAUCAAAAUCCUCACUCAGGUCAACCAACAUUGGCCACCACGAAAAGAAUUCGUUGAGAAUGUCUGUAAUAUGAUAUCUGCUGUACUGUGGAGAUGGAUCGAGCGUUGUCCAGAUCAGUUCUCAGCUUUACAACACUCAUCACAACAUCAAUUAUCCGAUGUUUGUGAUGGUUUAUUUAUGAACAUGAAUACGGCCGAAUUACGUCGUCGUGGACAUUGCUGGCCCGUACAGAUGUUACUCAUUGCCGUCUCGCCGUGUUCAUUGGAAGCGAUGGCUCACGCAGAUUCAGAUCUAGUGAACCUUCCUCAAGCAGUUGUCAUCAAGCGUCAAUUUGUGGAUAGUGUCGUAAGUUGUGUGCAGUCGUGUGGUUCUGGUACAAGGCCGGUUUGGACGAGUCAGCUGCAGUACGCAUGUCAUGCAGCUGUGAAUCUCUGCAAAUGUGCCACUUAUGUGAAUCUAUCGGAUUUUUUCGUCUUCAACGUUGUUCAGCAACUCAUUGAGCAUGUGAAGGUAGUUGUUAAGCUGUUAUCGAACUGUUCGUUACGCUCCAGUUGA